GAUGGCGCCGACGCCUCCCCUCUGUAUCACCACAUGUCUCUCCUAUGCAACUUUUUGUUACCUAGACCACAUGAUACCAUCACAAAUUCUUCUUUGGAUUCAACUUUGAUAUCUUUCAGUCCAUCGAGUAUGGACAAUGCUUGACUGCGACAGAGUCUUCCGGGACUGUACUUGUAUUUCAACUUGUUCACCACCCAUUCCUAAACCUGCACCUCAUCUCGCCCACCAAGCAGCAGAGAACGUCUUCCGCCAUCCAAUAAGCCGGUCUUUGGAGAGCCUUCGUCACCAGCAACGCAAACCGAUCUACACGAAGCGAGUGAGCAGAGUCCGGAUUCCGUCAGGCAAGGUUUCUCGUUCCCGAACGACAGCUGCGUUUGUCGGAAGAUCGACUAGGCCAAUUUCGAAGACCACCGCCCAAGAGCGAGAGCUUGAAAGACUUCGCAAGCUCGUUGCAUCUGAUGCGCUCCAGCCCCUGACACCGAAUCCACGACGGCCGAACAGACCAUCAAUCCAGAGGACGCCGCCAGCGUGGUACGUUGCAAUGUACGACCCUGCAAUGGCCAGCCCCAGUUCGCCGAAGUCACGAGGCAUCUUGGCUCGUCCCCGGCCGGAUUUUGCUGGUCCCAGCCAACCGACAAGAACUCGGAAUGCUUACACAAGUCCGAUCGUUGGUCCCUCUGGGUCUUCGAUUCGGUCCAAGCCGAACCAUGCCCAGGCCAAACGUCAGACUCCCACUUCUGGCCCAGACCAACCUCAGGAAGUCCCCAUCAUGGCCGUGUCGCACCCUACCUACCCUUUUCAUCACCGCGCAUCUGGGGGCGCCCAUGAGAAACGAUUCGGCAGUCAAGUUUCCCUUGUUGCAUCGCCAUCUAAGAGGCUAUCGAACCAUUCUUUGGAAGCACCCCACCCGCCGUCGCGGACUUCAAGUCGCCGCCGAGAAGUAGAUCGCUUUGCCAGGCAACUGGAAAUAUACGCUGAGCGUAGGGAGGCUGCGGGCAACCUACCAGUGUCUACUCCGACGCCAGAGUCCGUGGUAUCGCUUCACACAGUGACGGCACUUCUUCCAUACGAGGACCAGUUCCAGGCUGCCGGUCUGGCAGUAACAUCUGCACAGCAAAGACAGCGGUCGCCGCCAAAGAAGUCUACGAUGAGGGAGUCGAAUCUAGUUACCGUAUCAGAAGACAAGCUCGUAUUACCCAUGAAAUAUCACACCAAGGAGCCGCAGAAUCAAAUGGAACCGGUUUACCUUCAGCUUGAUGGCUUGAGGAGCCUUUCAACGAGUUCCAGCGAUUCCUCAAGCUCCGGGACGCAGGUUGCUUUCACACGACCAGAUAUCUGGGAGCUCGCUUUCAUCGAUGAAGCACCGGCGAAGAAGGAUGGAUCAAACUGCUGCAAAUUUCUUUGUUUCCCAAACGCAAGAGACCAAUCAGUCGAUGUAUCCGUGAGCCGAGCGCCUCCUAUAUUGACGCCAACGACCAUUGACACGCCGAACAAGAUAUUGGCAAAGUGGCAGCCAGUAUACCCACAGAAAACUGAAGGUGUACACGGAUGGCGUGAACAUUCAUCUCGAGACACUCGAAUCAAAACGUGGCAUGGAAAUACUGCGCAGCGUCCAUCGAUAUACCGCAAGCCCCGUGUGUUCGAUCUACCUCUAGACGAGGUAGAACAACCAAGUCCACGAAGUAAACAACCGAAGAAAUCAGCUUGUAAUCUGGAGGAAGAGAAACCACCGAUACCACCAAAGGCCCAAACCCGCCUCAAAACGCCGAAAAAACAAGACAAGUCUUCGGCGUUCAAAGUGAUCCGUAAACAGUCGCAGCUGAAUAUAUUCGAAGGUCAAGAUAAUGCUGUGCCUGAAGGGCAAACACCAAACGCAGCAGCUAAGAAACCCACAAAACCGGUCCCUGUGCCUGCUUCAGAUGAAAACAAGCCUCCAGUGCAAUUCACCAAUGGUCUGAUGCAAAUAAAGCCAAGUAAGUCCCAGAGGAUCGUGAACAGACCCCUGAGGGUAUCCAUCAGACAGCCCGAGCGAAAGGCCAUGGAAAAGGCUGUUCUACAAGGUACGCAAAUGGGAUUUGAGCACCCGCCCAUUUUCCAGUCCGGAAGGAUGUUUCGAAGCCCGCCAGUGCCUUCAAACAUCCCAGAGGCAAAACACAAAGAGCGAUCUGCAACGACGAGCCAUGAGGAAGUCGCAUCAAACACGGAUCUUCCGUCUACGUGGAAACUGACGUUGAGCACCUCUUCGUCUCUCGAGAUUGCAAUGGAGGUUGCGUCUCAAGAAAUGGAGAGAAAAGAACCGAAGCGGCCUGGAACCGAAACAACACCAAAGCAAGACUCGACGAAACAGCUUCAACCUGAUGUUUCUCAAAAACACGAGCAUGUCGAGCUACUCCCACCUCCCACAGGCAACGAAAAAAGUCCAACCUCCGAGCAACUACCUGCACAGGGUCUAGAUACGUUCAGAGACGAUGACGAUUCCGUUCCUAAGGGGCAAGACGACAAGGACAUCGAUGACAGGGAUGUGUUGCGAGGUCUCAACAUUGCAAUAUCGGCUGCUUGUGAUGAAGAGGUCGACGCUUGGAUCCGGCAAAAGACGGGCGUCCGUAUUCGUCGAUUUUUGGCGGACUUGAAGGCCUUUGAGACUCUUGGCGACGAGGAUCAGCCGGAUCCAGCCAAGGAACGUGCGAGGAAAAGACGGGCUGACUCGAGAAAACUCAAGGCGCAGAUCUGGCAGUCCAAGGCCGCCAGGGAGGCAAGAGCGCAGUGACCAUGGAUGAAUAUGCACCUUUUAGGGAUCGAAAAGAGUAGAGACGGCGUUAUUUCAUAGUGAUAGACGCGGCGCCAUCGGCACGAGGUGCAUGAAUCCUACGUAUACAGUUUGCUAC